AUGGGGACCGAUGGGGACAGAAUCACCACCGGACCAGACGGGUGCACUACGCACCCGUCUGGAUUUGCAGCAGAGCCACAAGAGUGCGAGGGAAGAGGGAGGGGGAAGGGUAGAGGGGAGGAGAAGGGUGGCAUUGGAGGAGGUGCUAAUGGAGGAGCCGAUGGUGGUGCUGGAGUUGGAGGAGGUGCAGGUAGUGGUGGUGGUGCUGGUGGUGGCGUUGGAGGAGGUGCUGGUGGAGGAACAUGUGGAGGUGUUGCUGAAGGAGCAGGUGGUGGUGCAGGAGGUGGGGCUGGUAGUGGAGUUGGAGGUGGAACAGGCGGGAGAGUAGGAGGAGGGGCUGGUGGAGGCAUUGGUGGUGGUGCCGGAGGUGGAGCAGGUGGAGGCGUGGGAGGAGGGGCUGGAGGAGGCCUUGGCGAAGGUGCUGGAGGUGGGGCCGGUGGCGGAGUAGGGGGUGGAGUAGGCUGCGUUGCUACUAGGAGGCAGAGAGAAUGA